UUCCGGGUCGCGGCGGACGUCGCUUCCGGAGCAGCAUGGCGGCCACUGAGGACGAGAGGCUAGCAGGGAGCGGUGAGGGGGAGCGGCUGGAUUUCUUGCGGGAUCGGCAUGUGCGAUUUUUCCAGCGCUGCCUCCAGGUUUUGCCGGAGCGCUAUUCUUCGCUCGAGACAAGCAGGUUGACGAUUGCCUUUUUUGCACUCUCCGGGCUGGAUAUGUUGGAUUCCUUAGAUGUGGUGAACAAAGAUGAUAUAAUAGAGUGGAUUUACUCCCUGCAGGUCCUUCCCACAGAAGACAGAUCAAAUCUAAAUCGCUGUGGUUUCCGAGGCUCUUCAUACCUGGGUAUUCCAUUCAAUCCAUCAAAGGCUCCUGGAACAGCUCAUCCUUAUGAUAGUGGCCACAUAGCAAUGACUUACACUGGCCUUUCAUGCUUAGUUAUUCUUGGAGACGACUUAAGCCGAGUAAAUAAAGAAGCUUGCUUAGCAGGCUUGAGAGCCCUCCAGCUGGAAGAUGGGAGUUUUUGUGCAGUACCUGAAGGCAGUGAAAAUGACAUGCGAUUUGUGUACUGUGCUUCCUGUAUUUGCUAUAUGCUCAACAACUGGUCAGGCAUGGAUAUGAAAAAGGCCAUCACCUAUAUUAGAAGAAGUAUGUCCUAUGACAAUGGACUGGCACAGGGAGCUGGACUUGAAUCUCAUGGAGGAUCUACUUUUUGUGGCAUUGCCUCACUAUGUCUGAUGGGUAAACUAGAAGAAGUUUUUUCAGAAAAAGAGUUGAACAGAAUAAAGAGGUGGUGUAUAAUGAGGCAACAAAAUGGUUAUCAUGGAAGACCCAAUAAGCCUGUAGACACCUGUUAUUCUUUUUGGGUGGGAGCAACUCUAAAGCUUCUAAAAAUUUUCCAAUACACUAACUUUGAGAAAAAUAGAAAUUACAUCUUAUCAACUCAAGAUCGCCUUGUAGGGGGAUUUGCCAAGUGGCCAGACAGUCAUCCAGAUGCUUUGCAUGCAUACUUUGGGAUCUGUGGCCUGUCACUAAUGGAGGAAAGUGGAAUUUGUAAAGUUCAUCCUGCUCUGAAUGUAAGCACACGGACUUCUGAACGCCUUCUAGAUCUCCAUCAAAGCUGGAAAACCAAGGACUCUAAACAAUGCUCAGAGAAUGUACAUAUCUCCACAUGACUGACUUUAGAUUGGGAGGAUGGGGGGAUUUGUAGCAUAACUGUAGCUCAAGUUUAAAAGCCAUGUAUAACCAAGUGUGCUCUUUUUUUAAAAGGUAGAGUCUUACAAUCAAAUCUCCUGCUGAUGUCACUUUGGGAUAUGGUCUUGAGCCAGUAAUCUUUGUAUUGGGUUUCGAGAAAAUCUUUGUUGAAGUUUGAACCACAACUUUGUCGUGGUUCUUAAAUGUUUAUACUGUAUUUCUAAGAAGUUGUUUGAGGCAAAUUAACUGUAUGUGUGUAGGUUAUCUUUUUAAAAACUCUUCAGUGCAAAUUGUAUCUUAUAAAAUUGACAUGAAUUUUCAAAACAAGUUUGCACUUCAUAUAGCAUUGAUAAUCUUCAGGUGAACACUUAGUGAUCAUUUAAAAAGCUCACUGCUGAUGGUGGAAAAUUUGCUUUAAUGAAUUAAGUAUCUGGGAUUAUUCUUUGAAAACAGAUUACCAUAAUUUUUUUUAAAAAAGAGUGACUUAUUUUGUCUUAUUCUUAAGUAAAGUGUGCCAAUUAAACCUUUGUGGCCUAUAUAAAUGAAAUUAAUAACUUCACAGUAAGAAUAAAUAGGUUUAACUAAUAUGAUAGUUUUCUAAAAGGAGAUUAUUUGAAGACAACUAUUAUGUAACUGAGGGAAAAGCAACUUAACUAUAUGUGAUUGUGAAUGAGAAAGUUUUGUGCUAUGUGGGUCAUUUAUUUAGACAUUGCUGUGGUGAAUACCAGUUAUGUUUGAUUUUAUUCUCAAAUCAUUAGUUGCCUUUUUUUUUUUUUUCUUUUCUUGCUUUCUAGGAAGAAAACAAUCUUUUUUAUCUAGAAGGAAAGAUACUUUGUGUUUUUAUUUUUAGCCUUUUGAAUUUUUUAAUUCGUUGCCCCCAGUGUGUUAGCUGCUCUAAUUUCAAACUAAUGCUUUUCUAAUUUUUUUCAAACUAAAUAAGUGAAAAAUACAAAAACAGAACCAUUCAAAUAGAUUCAGUGGUGCAACUCUAUACAUGGUCAUUUUUAUUCUCAUAUUUUCAGGUAAGUGAAAGGCAAAUGUAACUAUUUAGAGGAUAAGAAAUAGGGUUUUGUUUUUGUUCAUUGUUUUGUUUUCUUAAGUUUAUGAACUAGCUAAUUAUAAAGGAGAUAAUAUAAAAACUCUUCAUUAGUAAUUAAUUAAUCAAUAACUCAUAUCCAUUACUUGCUUAGUGACAUUCAGAACUAUGAGUCUAGUACUGAAAUGGGGAAAGAAAUCUCUUCACUAAAGGAGUUGGGUUAAGUUAGUCUUGGUGAUAAUAAAUGUUGAAAUAUAAACAUCAGUAUAAAAACUAUAUUACUGGUAUCACUGUUUAGGCAUUGUAAUAUUUUAAAUGUUAUCUUUUUUUCUAAAUUAGAGAAAAAAAUGUUGUAAAAUAACAGUCCUUCCCAAGGGAAACAGUAUGUACUUGGAGAAAUGAUUCAUUUAUUAUUGGCAUGCUUAGUUUUAAACCUGAGUUUGCCAACUGUAUGUUUUUUAAUUAGAAAUAAAAAAAUCUUCUGAUGGUGGGGGGGAAAACUAAGCUUACUAACAGAUGUUAUCCUUCUAUGGGUUAUUCCAAUUGCUACUAUUGAAAUCCUGGCAGAUUAAGACAUCCAUAUCUCAAACUAAGUCAUCUCUUAGACAUUGGAAGUUGAAGUAGCAUAUAUAUAAUGGCUUUAGUACUAUAUAAAAAGCCCAAAUUGUUUUUUCUGUAUCACCAAGAAAGGUUAGGAGGUAAUAAAGGUAGUAACUGUAUGACUGUAUUCAUAAAUGUAAGUUACAGGAAAAUUCCAAUCUAAAAGUAUUUCAUAAGGCUAAAUAUUUUCUAACUCCUUAAAAUUUAAUACCAUAAGAUGAUAAAUUUUAGUAUGCUUCUAAUUGAUAUACCUGUGGGAGACUUUCUUGUGAAACUUUAUGGACUAGUAAAUGUUCACAUUCCAUAGCAACUUAAUUGGCCAGAAAAUAGCAGGCCAGUGUGAAUUGUGGAGAAACUAUUUCUGACUUUUCUAAAUAGUUAUUUACAAAAAAAGUAUUUAUCGAUUAAAUAAAUUAUAAGCAAUAUUUCACAUAUAUACUUUAUUCCUUAACAGGAGUGAUAUAAUGAGGGGAAAUAUGAAGUCUGAAAUCUCAAAAAACUCUAUUUUCCUACUCCCUAAUUGUCUCCUUCCUGCCCCCUAAUUUUGUGGUAUUUUUUUUUUAGAAGGUAGGAGGAGGAGCUUUGUUUUGAGCAUCUGCAUACAAAUAAGAUUAGUCAGAUCAUAUGGCAUAAUUUAACCUGUUUAUCAUUUCCGUGUUUUUAGAUUUGAUCUAUAAUAUAUAUGUGUUAUUAGAUCUUUAAAUAGUUAUUUGUAUUUAAUCUAAAUUCAUAUAGAAAUCUUGCUGACGGUGGUAUGUAAUUUGAAAACUGUUGGACCUGAUCAUUUUUGAGAGACAGUUAAUGAGGAGGUGCUCUGGAAUCAGAUGACCUGGGUUUAAAUCCCAGAUUUGCCAGUUCAGUGGCAUGAUCUUGGACCCUAACUCUCCCAUUGAUAAAAUAAGGAAAAUAGGUAAAACCGAACUCACAGGGUUUAGGAUUAAAUGAGAUAAUGCAGAUAAAGCACUUAGGAUAGUACCUGGAAUAUAGCAAAUUUCAAAUUAUAGGUUCUUUAUAAUGAUCAUAAAAUUAUUUUUGUAAUUAAAACCUCUCCUACAACAGAAAGAGGUCUUAACAGUUUAACCUCAGGGAAAAUGAUGAUAACAGUGUUGUUUUCUAAUCUCCCCAUAAAAAUACAGAGCAACUAGGACACUAUAGACACUAUUACAACACUAGAUGACAAGGUAGCUCUAUGAACUUCAAAAUACAACUAAGCGAGGACAAACCACUGACCCACAUAGUUUCAGUAUCUGUGGGAGGAAGUAGAAGGAAGGCAGCUGGUUUCUGACAGCUCUGCAAAUUGGAGAACUACAACACUGCCCACAGUUUCUCACUACAAAGUGCAGUGGGCCAAUCUAAGAACAGACACUGAAACUGGGAAGUGACUACCGAAUCCCAUUUGCAGAUGAAUGUUAAAGCAAUAUAAUAAGGUCUGAUGACUGCAUUAGAGCAGUCUGGGUUUUUUUGCUGUGUAUGUCUUGAAGCUUAUGAGACAAAGCCCAGCACUGAGGACAAACUUCUAGAAUUAGAAUUCAAAUGGGCAGGAUGGGUAAAAUAGGACAAAAGAAAUAUCUAGAUAAGUAUUGGGUAGAAAGGCCAAGAUACAGAGACAUUAUAUAUAUGUAUUUUCAUAUAUAUAUACACAUAUAUAUAUUCUUUUAAAUCACUGUGAAAAUGGGAGCUCUAAGGCUGUGAAGUCAUCCUAGAGCACUCCUCCCACCUAAAAGUACAGAAAAACUCGUUUCAGUUAAGGGGAAAAAAAGAGUGAGUGAGCCAGGAUUACAGUCCAACCCCAUUCAAAGUUAGUAUGAGAAAUAAUAAAUAGAUCAACAUCCUCACAGACAAUGAAAGCACACCAGAAAGACAUGACGCAAGACAGAUAAAAACCUAAUAUUUGCCAAAAAAUAAAAUGCAAAUAUGUCAGGAAAUUUAUAGUAAUUAAUGCAAUUAUCAGUAAAAGGAAAAGGUGAAAAUUAACCAAGUACCAAACACUUGGAGUAAAAAGCAAAAUAAAGCAGAAGGAAGGAAUUAGUAACAAUAAAAACAAGAAAUAAUUACUAGUAGCAAACCAAAACAAUAAAGGCAAUAAAUCCAAGUUGGUGAUGGAUAGUGCGGGGAGUUGAGUGCGAUAAACUACCAGCUAAUCUAUUUAAGAAAAAAAGGAGGAAGCACAAAUACAAAAAUUUAAAUGACAAGGGGGAAAUAGUAAAAGAGGAAAUUUGUUUAAAUUGACUACUUUGAGCAGUUUUACACAAUAAAUUCGAAAACUUUUGAGAAAAAUGCAAAUUGCCAAAAUUUAGGUCACAACAAACCAGUUGCCAUAGAAGAAACAAAUAGUUAAAAGUACCCCUUACCAAAGGAAGCAUCAAGCCCAGAUUGUUUCAAGGGGAUUUCUACCAAACCUUUUAAGAUUAAAUAAUCCCAUUCUUGCUUAAACAAUUCCAGAGACUAGGAAAAGAAUCUUGAACCUCAAAGUGCCAAAAAAAAAAAGAAACUGCUAAAUUCAUUUUAUAAAGUGAAUGUAAUAGCAUUGAUUCAAAAACCUGACAAAGAUUGUACCAAAAAGAAAAUUAUAGAGCAAUCUCAUGAAUAUUAAUAAAGACUUUUAAUGAUACAUUAGCAAACAAUCCAACAGCACUUUCAAAAGGUAAUCAUGACUAAGUUGGGUUUAUUAUAAGAAUGCAAGGGUAAUUCAAUACUAGAUAAUCUGUUAAUAUUCAUCAUAUUAAGAGUUAAGAAAUAUCUUCAUCUUUGCAGAAAAGACAUGAUAGAAUUGAGCACUCACGUUAAAUAUGCUAAGUAGAAAUUGAUGAAUAAUCAAUUAACAUUGUACCUCUACCUAAAAGCCAGCAUCUUAAAUUUCAAAGCAAAAAAGACUUUCCAACUGAAGUCAGGAACAAGACAUGCCCACUAACUCCUCUACUACUUAAUGUGUUGAGAGUUUUAGCCAAUGAAGUUAGACAAAAUAAAGAUGUGAAUUGCAAAGGAAGAGUUAAAACUAUUUGCAGAUAUGAAUAUGUAUCUAGAAAGCCCAAAGGAAUUUGUUGAAAAACUAAACAAUAAAAGAACUUAGUAAAGUAGCUAUUAAAUACAAUUUACAUACAAAUAUCAGUAGGCUUCACCAGAAGAAAAACUAAACAAUAAAAGAAUUUAGUAAAGUAGCUAUUAAAUACAAUUUACAUACAAAUAUCAGUAGGCUUCACCAGUGCAUACUUUGAUUCCAUUUUGAAUCAUUUCAUUCAAAACAGCAUUUAUGUGUGGUGUCAGAAAUCAGCACCCCCUUUCAGUCACUACCUCUCUUCCCAAAGGUAAGCACUAUCAAAAUCACCAUCAAUUAGUUUUGUCUGUUUUUGAAUUUUAUAUGAGUGGAACCAUAUAGUAUACAUUACUUUUCAACUGGCUUUAACUCAGUAGGAGUGAAAGAGGGUACAAGGGGACUCUGUGGUGCUGGUAAUGUUCUGUUUCAUGAUCUAGGUGCUGGUUACAUAGGUGCAUUCACCUUAUGAAUAUUUAUCAAGCUGUAUAUGAUUUGUGCACUUUUCUGUAUGUAUAAUUAUAGCUCAAUAAAAAUGUUUACUAAAAAGAGUAACAAGACUAUACAUAUAUAUAUAUAUGUAUGCAAACCUAAACUAGUUAGAAGAUACUUGAAGAGAAGACCACCUUUGUGAUAGCAAAAGUAAAAAGAAAACUUAAUGUGUAAAUUUAAGACAUAUUAAAAUCUGUAUGAGGAAAACUAAAAAAAAAAACUCUUGAGUGGCAAAUAUGUAGAUUCCAGCAAAUGAAAAGAUAUAUGAUAUUCUUAGAUAGAAAGACAACAUCAAAACAUGUCUUUCCCCACUUAGGUUUAUUUAUAAAUUCAAUGCCAUUCCAAUAAAAAUUAUAUUGUCCUUUGAGAGAACAUACUAGAAAAACCGUGGAAACUGAAAAGAAUUAGAGAGGACCAGCCAUAUCCGACACUAAAACAUACUCUAUAUCUGCCGUGGCAGAAGCUAUCAGAAUUUUUAAAAGUGUGCACACUUUUUGGCCCAGAUACUCUGUAUCUAGAGAUUUAGCAUAAAGAAACAUGCAAAUAGGUAAUGAUACAUUUUCAAGGAUCUCACAGCCACAUUUUUGUAAUUGUGAAAAGACACUGAUUAUGAUACAUUUAUGUAACUCAAUACUACGCAACUGGUAAAGUAUGGAUAUUGGAAGGCAUUCCUAAUGUUGAAUGAAUGAAAAGUUUUGUAUUGGCCCUUUAAAAAUAAGAAGUUCAAUGUAACAGAAGAGGAAUUCCAGAAAUAGACUCAAUGGCAUUUAGAAUACAGUAAAGGCAGCAUCUCAAGUUGGUGAGAAAAUGAACUUUUAUGUAAGGGCUAUUGAGAUUACUGGUGCUUAAUUAUUCAGAUAUUUACAUUUUUAAAAAAUAGCUUAUUUCACUUUGAACCUUUUAUUUUUAAAAUCGACGUUUAGUUUUAUAAUUUAAAGAAAAGGUCAUAGUUCUCUCCCUAUCCCAGCCUAUACUAUACCCACAGCCUAUACUUCCUGGAGGUAAACACCACUGUUGCAUACAUCUUUCAGACCUUUAAUCUCUCGGUAUACAGAGAUAUAAAAAUAGAGAAUAUAUAUUCUUUAAAUAUCUGUACAUUUAAGUAUUACUCAUCCCAAUAUGAUAUAUACUUAUAUAAAUAGAUACAUGUGUGUAUACUAUACACAAAGAUCUGAGGUACUAAAUAUUCUGUGGUAUUUUUUUUCAUUCAAGAGUAUAUCAUGAAUGCCUUUCAGUAGCCAUACUAUAAUAGUUGCGUAGUAUUGCAUUGCAUAAACUUAUUAGGUCAGUGCAAAAGUAAUUGCACUUUUUACCAUUUUAAUGGCAAAUGAGGCACUGAUUAAAUAUAAUCAGUGCCUUAUUUUUCACAACUACAAAAAUACUGGUGUGAGAUCCUUGAAAAUUGUAUAAUUGCCCAUUUGCAUGUUUCUUUAAAUUUAUAGAUAAGAACUACUGGGGCAAAAAGUGUGCACAAUUUAAAUUUGAUUUUUUUUUUUUUUUUUUUUUUGCCAAACUGCUUUUUAAGAAGGUUGUACUAAUGCACACUUUUAUCUUGGCACUAAGAUUUUAAAUAUGAUCAGAAAAUGGGCUCCUGAUAGUAAAACACUGUCUAAUUGUAAUAAUUGUGGCAUUGGAAAAGAGCCUUGUGGCUUAGUUCCUCAAACUCAUUUACAAAUUAUAAAUCUGAGCUCCAAAUAUGAAUUAACUCACACAAGAUCUUUAGUAAUUAGUAGCAGUACUGUAACUAGAGUGCAUGUUUUCUGUCUCCAGAAAUAACAUUCUUUUUAUACCACAUGUUUUUAACUGAGGUGAUCAUUCUCCACCCUCUUCUUUCCACGUUUUUCCAUGUUUGUUCUAACUUUUCAUUAAAUAUCUUGAGGCUCUAACUAAAUUAAGGGUGACCAUUAAAAGUCUAUGUGGGAUUCCUUGAACCAACUGGUAAUGCACUACCAGCAUAUAAGGUGUCCUCAUUGAAGCAGUUGGUGAUUGGUAUGUGGAACCUCACUCAGGUAUGUUUGCAUCAUCUUGUGGGUAUAAAUAUGUCAAAAAAUUUUCUUAAAUUAUGAGUGGGAACAUGAAAAACAUAUAAUUUACUGGGGAAAUUGUGAAAAGGUAAAAGAUUAUGAAUUUAGGCUCAAAGCCAAUUUCCCUCUCAUUUAAUCCUACAUGAGCAAGUCAAGGAGUUUGGUAGAGCUUUAUGAAAUCUCUAAGGAGUGAAGGAACACAAUCACUAAAGUCAAUUUGAUAAAGUGCAGCUAAGUAGUAUGCUAACCGAUUAAUGGAUUUUCAUCUUGUCAUGUAAGUUUCAGCAAUUGAGUACCACACUAGAACACCCACAAAUGAGAUUCUAUUACAGAAUAUCUUUCUUCUACUACAGAACAUACUGUAGACAAUUAUUCAGUGGUUAAACUGUAGAAAUAAUCAGAAGAUGCUUUUCACUUUUAUGACAAUACUUUUUAAUAUUUCUCACAUUAAGAGAAACUUAGGUUAUUUACAACUCAUAAAUGUUGCUGUGAACGUCAUUUAGUCACUUAGUUAUUUUUAUGGGGUUCCUAGAAAGAAAUUCCUGUACUAAAGGAUUUAUGCGUUAAAAAUAUUGGUAGUUACUGCCAAGAAUUGCCAUCCAGAAACAGUAGCCAUUUAUAAACUCAACAACAAGGUAUGAGAGUAGCUGUUUCCUCAUAUCCUUUGCGACAGUAGGUUUUAUCAAGCUUAAAGUUUUUUCAUUCUCUGUGGGUGAAAGUGGUAUUCCGUUAUUGAUAAUGUGUGGAAAAUCAAGUUCUAAUAAGUUUGGGGGGAGGUUAAUUCUUUAUAUGUGCUGUAUGAAUUAAUGCCAACUGUAUGCCUGUGAGAAUGAAAUCAGAAUAAUGUCUGUCCACUAAAGCAGGACUUAGAGCACUAGUUUUCCAAGUGUGGUCUACAGAUGGAAUCAUUAGCAUCACCUGGGAACUUGUUAGGAAGUGCAGAUUCUCUGGCCGUACCUUAGACCUCCUGAAUUAGAAACUUUGGGGGUAGGGUUAGACAUUUGUGUUUUAAACAAGCCCUCCAAGUGGUUUUGAUGCACACUCAAAGUUGAGAACCAAUCACUGAUAUAGAAAAAGCAGCUUGGGUAGAAACAGUAGUCGAGAGCCCCAUAAUUAUUUGCAAAUUUAUAUUUUAAAAAGAUAGGAUUCUUAACAGUAAGCUCAAUAUAAUUCAACAAUGUGAUCUUUACUCCUACCCCCCAAAAAGUAAUAUGAUCUUAGUCUGUGGUAGCAGGAUCGAAAACAUAAUAAAUGCUCAGAUAUGCAAAGAAAA